AUGUCGGCUGCCCUGCAGAGCUCUCGCCAUCAGCAACCGUCCGCCCUGACAUCGCCUCCUCUGCCGUCUCCCAACAGCCGCCAGUACAUGUCUGCGCACGCCUCCCCGGCCCGGGAAUCCUACGGCUCGCUCCCAAUCUCGCCCUCGUCGCAGUCUUCGGGCCGCCCGCCCUCGCGCAAGAACAGCUCCGGCGUCGCUGCUCAUCCCAACGACGCUUCCGCCACCCUCGCUGCGAGAGCCACCACCAACGCCGCCUUUAAUUAUAAUAACUCCCAGCCUGCGCCCUCCGACCCCUCCAGCAUGGCUCCCUCGGCGCCGCCACGGACCUCGUCCAGCCACCAGAACGGAUCUUCCCGCAGAUAUACCCCUGAUAAGCUCGCCGAUUCCUCGAGGCACUCCCACGCCGACUCGGGCAGAAGCGAGCAUCGUCACCCGGAUCAAAACGGACUAUACGACUCGCCCAAGGCUCGCCGCACGCCGCCCUCCCACGUCCCCCACCAGGACAACACCAGACAACCCAGUAGCCGCGAUGGCCGUCAGCAGGAAACUGUCAUACCCAUCCGGACCCAUCAGGCCGAGACUCCCAGGCGUGCUGCCGAGGCCGCCGAGGGCCUGAGUCGAAUCAUCACAAAUCCCGAAGAGGCAAAUUACCGCCCGAGCCCGUCGAGAGACAGCGCUCCGGCUCCUUCGGUUCCCUCUGGGACUCCCGAUGACCGUCGUCGGCGACAGGAGCACCCGCGUACCCAAAGGACUUCGAAGUUCGGCGAUUUCAUCCUGGGAAACACUAUAGGUGAAGGUGAAUUUGGUAAAGUCAAGCUAGGUUGGAAGCAAGACAGUAGUGUGCAGGUUGCCAUCAAGUUAAUCAAGCGAGAUACUGUCGGCUCAAACCCAUCCCGCCUGGCCAAAAUCCGUCGCGAAGUUACCAUUCUCCGCGGCCUACACCAUCCCAACAUUGUUCGAUUGUUCGACAUGGUUGAGACAGACAGAUAUAUUGGCAUCAUUCUCGAGUAUGCCUCCGGUGGUGAGCUUUUCGACUACAUUCUAAACCACAGGUACUUGAAGGACGGCUCCGCUCGACGCCUGUUUGCGCAACUCGUGUCUGGUGUGGGCUAUCUGCACAAGAAGGGCAUUGUCCACCGAGAUCUCAAACUCGAGAAUCUGCUCCUGGACAGUAACCGCAACAUUAUUAUUACUGAUUUCGGCUUUGCCAACACAUUCGAUCCUCAUGAGGACCUUUCAGAAGAGGAGGAGCUCAACCUGCAAGAUCGCGACCAGGUUAAGCGCCUUGGUCUUGACAGGGUACGAUCCAACGGCAUGCGCAAGGGCGACCUCAUGCAAACGAGCUGCGGCUCUCCUUGCUACGCUGCGCCUGAGCUUGUCGUCAGCGACUCUCUGUAUACUGGCCGGAAGGUUGACGUCUGGAGCUGUGGUGUUAUCCUGUACGCUAUGCUUGCUGGUUAUCUGCCGUUUGACGAUGACCCUGCCAAUCCAGAAGGCGACAAUAUCAACUUGCUAUACAAAUAUAUCGUGACUACGCCGCUCACCUUCCCCGAAUAUGUUACUCCGCACGCCCGCGAUCUCCUACGGCGAAUCCUCGUUCCCAACCCUCGAAAGCGCGCUGAUCUCUUCGAGGUUGCCCGUCACAGCUGGCUCAGUGAAUACGCACAUGUUGUUGAGUUCAUUACCAGCUCAACUACCUCUCCAUUGGACGUGCAAAACGGCAGCACUGGCAUCGAGGAAUUCAACGCUCCCAUGAUUACGCGCAGCGCAUCGGUUCGCGAAGCUGCCAAGCAAAGAUCCCCUCAGCCUGCUGCUGUCGGUGGUCUCUCCAAGGCCCACGCAAAGAUCGACUCACCCACCGACACUACACACCGCUCUACCAAGGAUGCCAAGCGCCGCACCGUACAGGUCGAAUAUGUUGCGCCCACGACAAAAACGCAGCGUGGUGUCGACGAGCACGGCCGGGAUCUCGCAGGCACCUCCUAUUCCGCGCCGCGCGACAAGCCUCUUCCCGCGGAACCCGCAUCGAGAGACAAAUACGGGCGCGCUGGACAGCAGAAGCCUCCUGUGUCCAUCACCGCAGGCAAGUCUGGAGAUGGCCGAAGUGGAUCGGAUAAUGCCUACUCGGCUGGUGCGGGCUCGAAUGCACGUCCCCAGACCGGGGGCUCCAUGCAAUCUACUGGAUCUAUGGGCCUGCAAUCACGCGUACUCAACUACGGCCAGCCUGCUCCGCCAACUGUUGAGAAUACCAAUGCCCAAGGACGCAUCCAACAACCGGCUCAUCCCGAUGAUGAACUAGAUGACCGCAAUAGCAUGACCGUGCCACCCAAGUUUGCCCGUGUAUCUGGCUUCAACGAUUCUCCUCGUCCUAUCGGUGAGGUCCGCGGCCACAAACGGUCAAGCACGCUUGGCGACCUCGGCUCUAAAAUCUUGGGACGAAGUAGUUCCGUGUUUGGCAAGAAAGGCAAGCGCCCGGAGCCACAAAUGGCAGAGAAGAGGAAGUACCCUCCCAUUAGCAUUGCCAACAACACGGCUGUUGAGGAGCCUAGCCGGACGUCCAUGGACUCUAAGCACUCUGGUGGCCGCCGCUCGUUUUCCCUUGGCCUGGGCAAGAAACGCAGCGGCAGCAUCGCACCCUCGCAGGGCUCUGAGGAGAAGAAGGACAAGCGCCGCUUCUCUCUGCUCCCGGCAUCAUUUUCUCUUAAGGCAAUUGGCCUAGGCAAGGACAGUGGCGACAUUACUCCGUCGGAUACGGGAUCUCGCAACGACCUGCCGAUUCAGGAUCCUCGAACCGAUCACAUGAGAAACUUCACUGCUCCUGGUGAUGCCAGAGGUAGCACUCCGUUCUUUGACGACCUACCUGCCAAUAACAGCAACUUUGCGCAACCGCCGACAAGCUCGAACCCCAGCCAUCAGCGCUACACAUCGGCACAACUGGAUGGGCGCGGAGUGGAUGCGAUUCCUACGUACAUCCGGAGAGGAUCGCAGCACAGAACCGGCUCGGAUUCAUCUGCGGAUAUGCGCCGGCCACCCACGGAGCCGCAGGUGGGAUCAUACCGUUCUGGCCUACACACCCCUGAAGGAUAUGAUGGCCGCCGGGUUGGUACAAGUGGUGGGCACCCGCAACGCGGGACGCUCCAGAAGAGCAACAAGCGAUUUACGGAUGCCUACGAACAGGAUGGAUACCAAGGACAUGAGGGCAGCAGCGGCGCGGCCAAGCGUGUCAUGGACUUUUUCCGACGACGCGGCAAGGCUAGAGGCGGCGACGAGUAA